GAUGAGGCGUGUUGUAGGCGCAAAGAUGAAGCUAGUAUUGGUGGUCCAUUGGUCCUACUUUCGGUUUGGUUGUGGGAACAUUUCUCAGUUGGACGACCGAGAGUGAUUGGUCACGACGCCUGGGACGAUCAUGACAAUCCGCUACGGAAGCCUACAUGGGCGUACAAGUGGGAUGAGGUUUCGGAGUUCACUGGUGACCCAAACAGGAUGUACAGGGAGUACACCAAUGAGUUUGACACGCUAACCUCUGAGCAGGUGACAUGGCAGCCAUAUGGACCGCGGGACAAUUUUGCUUUCAUCCCUGAUUUCCAGUUGAACCCGAAGUGCACGGAGGAAUCACAUCUUUGGCUGAUGCGGUGCCCAUUGAUAUGCUUAUAUGCAGUCGAGUUCCACCUUCCACAACGUGUGAUGACCCAAUUUGGGUUAUUUCAGGAUACACCGCCGAAGUGGAAGGACACAGGUGUCGCGCUUCACGGCUUGGACAAAAUGAAGCAGAAGAAGAUCAAGAACUGGGAGUCAUAUCAUGACAAGUUCAUCAAGAAAUGGAAUUACGUCGUGAGGGUGGCUAAUGAUAACCGACAAGUACAUCUCCAAGAGUACGAUGAAGCUGCAUUUGACAAAUAUCUUCGUUGGUUUCUUAGCGAGUCCCGUGUUGAGUUAUGCCCGUCUGCUUAUGAGGAGGGCAUAUUGGAGGCGCCCACAGGUUUUGAAGGGACUGCCAACCUUGAGUACAACAGGCUCAUCAGAGAGGGCAGACAAACCGGAUUCGCUCCUGUGAUCAACUUUAUUGUAAGUUUUGUCCCUUUCAACGUAUCAACAUAA